AUGACGAACAACUUUCUAGCUACAGAAACCAAUCGCGAUAAUCGUGCUAAUUAUAAUCUUCAGCUGAACCGUUGGUUUUUAGAGCCUAUAGGAGCUUGGCCAUUUUUUCCCACAACCAGCAAUCUCGAACGAAUUGUUUCAUUUAUUUUAAUCGUCAUUUGUUACAGCCUUUUACUCGCCACCGUAAUUCCUUGUAUACUUUACCUGAUCCUGGAAGAGAAAGAUUUCGUUGUAAAAAUGAAACUAGUUGGACCUGUGGGUCACUGGUUCGUUGGUAGUAUCAAUUAUACUGUUCUGUUACUGCGAGGUAGAGAUAUUCGUUACUGUGUGGAACACAUGGAGGCGGACUGGCAAAUGAUGACAAGGGUAAAAGAUCAGCAGCUUAUGCAAAAGAAUGCGAAGUUUGGCCGCUAUGUAGUUCUUUCUUGCGCGAUCUUCAUGCAGAGUGGUGUUCUGUGCUUUUGCUUAUUGACGGCGUUUAGUACGAAGGUGAUUCAAGUGGGCAACGACACUAAGUACGUGCAUCAGAUACCAUGCCCGGUAUACACGAAACUAGUAGAUGUUAAUGCCAGCCCCAUGAACGAGAUCGUUCUUCUGGUAGAAUGCUUGUCGGGAUUCAUCGUGAAUUCUAGUACUGUAGGAGUUUUUGGUAUUGCAGCUGUACUAUGUGCACACGCGUGUGGCCAGUUGUCCGUUGUUAUGCUGUGGAUCACGGAAUUUAUAAAUGAGCCAAAGGAGCAGGGCAAAAUUGCUCCUUUUAAACAACUGGGAAUGAUCGUUGAGCAUCAUCUGAGAGCAUUGAGCUUCAUUUCUUAUAUCGAGCAAAUGAUGAAUCGGAUAUAUUUCUUGGAAUUAUCCAGAUGUACUAUUCACAUAUGUAUCCUAAGCUACUAUAUUAUAACGGAAUGGGCUGAGCAUGACGUUCAAAAUCUGAUUAUCUAUUUUAUGUUGCUCUUUUCAAUUUCUUUCAACAUUUUUAUAAUAUGUUAUAUUGGUGAAAUUUUAUCGGAACGGAGCAAAAUGGUUGGCGACGUGGUUUAUAUGACAAAUUGGUACUAUUUACCGGGAAAGGAUAUCCUUGACUUGGUUUUAGUCAUCGCACGAUCGCGAGUGGUUGUCCAAAUCACUGCUGGGAAGAUAAUUCAUAUGUCUGUUUACACGUUCAGUGAAGUCAUAAGAUGUGCCUUCGCGUAUUUAAAUUUACUUUGUCAAGUUUCAUAA